AUGGUUCCCGCUCGGCGGUCGACGAGAGGGCGUCUCGGAGAGCGAGCGCGAAGGAAGAGCAGCGGCCUGAACACCCCCGACGGGGCCAUCGUAGAUGUGCGCGUGGAGCGAUUGGUUUUGGAUGCGGACGACGCGAAGGAAGAAGAAGCGUUUGAAGUCGUGCGCGCGACGGCGACGAGGAAAACAACAAAAACGGAGGAUGAAUGCGACGAUGAUGGUAUUUUGUGUUUAAAAACGGAGGAUGAAUGCGACGAUGAUGGUAUUUUGUGUUUAUGCGUUCCUGGGAACCCGGGCGUGGCGGAGUAUUACUCCAACUUUGCGCGAGCGCUGAGCGAAGCUUUGCUCAAAGAAGAAGAGCAACAGCAAAAUGAAAAUAAAGUUCGUCGUCGAUCGGUUACGGUCGAGUGCGUGGGAUUUCUCGGGCACUACGCGGAUGGAAGUUUGACGAGUGCCAAGACGCGACGGUGGUUCACUCUGGAAGAGCAGAAAGCGCACGUGCUGAAGUACGUUCGCUCGAGAGUGGAGGAAGAGAACGCGUGUUUUCUCGUCGGGCAUUCCAUCGGUGCGCACGUCGCGAUGCACGCGGUGAAGGAGAUGCGGGAAGAAGACGUGAAAAAAAUGGUUGGAUUGAUGCCGUUUUUGCACGUAAACGAGAGAUCGAAUGUGCAGAAGUUCCUCGCGUGGUUGGUGAGCCAACGCGUGGUCGUGCGCGUGGUGGCGAAAGUUCUCGGGUUUAUGCAAAAGUUUAAAGCGUUGAAAAAGACAAUCGAGAGAAGCGCGACUCGAGGGAUGAAAUGCGAGUUGGGUAUAUCAGUCACCAAGAGAUGGGCGCGAGAAAUGUCGUUAGUGAAUAUGGCACUCAUGGGAGACACGGAGUUUAAGUUUUUACGCGAUUGGAAAAGAAACGUGGUGGACGUUUUGAAAGCGCACGCGAAGAAGAUUUGCUUCGUCUACGCAAAGGAAGAUCACUGGGGGCCUUUGCACCAGAGGGACGAGUUGAUGGAAGAAAUCGGUUUAGAGGAACUCGAAAUCGUCACGGAUGAGAGUUACGAACACGCGUUCGUGUUGGACGACGAGAGUUCGAAAAAAUUAGCGGAGCAAUGCGCGAGGAUGCUCCUCAAUUAA